AGAACAAAGACACAGAAUUCAACUGUAUUGAAAUUUUCGACAAGUGAAGUUCUACCACGCAAGUUGUUGGACCCAUGUUUGAAGCCACUGGUGAAUGACCUGAGUUCAGCCACAAAACGACAGCUAAUGCAAGCUGAGCUGAGCCAGACACCAGAACCAGUUAGCUCCACCACGGACCAGCGAACGUUCCGACAGCUGAAGUUGAGCGGGGACGGUGAAGCAGCUCACAGAUCUAACUUAACGUUACAAACAACCUGAUGGCGGUGCAACAGAGACUGCUUAUGAGAGUCAUCUUCACUGAAGCAGACAUAAGGAAGGUGGAACUGAUGACAAAGCCUGAUACAGUUGACCUUUUGAUUGACUCCCUUAAAGAUGUUCUUCAAAUAAACUAUAACUUCAGCUUACAGUUUAAAGAUCCCAACUUUGACAACGAAUUGUGCAACCUAACAGAGAUUUCAGAGCUGCCUGAGCGACCCACCCUUAAAAUCAUUCCAGUGCUUUCUCUAGCGGAGGUGCCCAAACCAGGGUUAACAUCAAGUGAAGAACUGACCGAUACACCAAGCGAGGUAGACACGGACAUCCUCUCCGACUCCUCUCAGGAAAGACAACGCCAGUGGCCAGAGGUAUUUGAUAUGUAUAUACCAAAAUUCUCUGUGGAUGUGGAAUAUAGGCUGCGUCAAGCAAACCUGCUCCAUCUCAGGGAUGGAACACACCUCAUUCCAUCAAAGGAGCUCAAACACGACAUCCUUGAGAGGCUGGCCGAGACCAUAUAUGCCUUGAAAGCAUAUCCAACAAAUGCAGAAUUUGAAGCUGUUGCCUCAGCACUGGUGCGAGCACACCCAUGUCUCAAAGAACAGGGAUCAGUAUCCGGCUGGAGCGGUUGGAAAAACAGCUUGAAAUUCAAGAUGGGCAAUUACCAAACAAAAAUGCGUCAGCUGGGUCACCGUGAUGUCACCGUGAACGGCGGUAAACAUGGAAAGCACUCUCUUUGUGGAGACCCACCUAACAAGAGCAUCAAGAAGCCAAGGAGAGGAGAAGUUAAUUACUUACCAGAUUAUCCAGAUGGACAGGAUGACUCCAGCCUUGAAGAUGCUCGACAGCUCUUGGUGGACGAAAUGAAAAAGAAAAGCCCAAAUGGAGCCCUCAUCAAGCAGAAAAUGGAUCUGACAUUUGCUCUUCGAAGGAGUGAAGUUGUGAAGGACCAGCCUGCCAUCAACCAGAUAUGUCAACGUUGGCCGGCUCUCUUGACUGAACAACAGGUGUGUCUGGAGUUCAGCAGGGUGGUUGGUAAGAGUCUGAGACAGGAGUUCUACGAGGCCCUUGACCGUCACAGUCCCAGGCUCAUGGAAAUCUUCAAGGCAAAGAGGGGGCUCACAGGGCAGGUGCUGGCUGACCUGAUGCGACAAACAAAGGCUUCAGAUGUGACAGAAGUCAGAUGCCUCGUCCUCAGGGGGCUUCCUGUCAUUCUUGGCGAUGAUCCAUCCACCUUCUUCAAGGCCAGCUUUGAUGUUGAUGAUGAGGGAGGUUCGUACAAUGAUGUGCCAGUGGGGAUCCUCUGCCGUGAACAGGAAAACAUCACUCCACACAAGCAGUCCCUUCACCACAAUGCAUCCUCAGUGGGAAUCAUCUUGGAGGGAAACAUUGUGAUGGAUGUUGCGAGCCUGCCCCAAGCCAUGUACAUUGUCUUCGGACUUACCUAUGCACUUCAUCUCAACUACCCUAAGUACAUGAAGACCACUUUUGAUUUUUUUCAGCAGGUACUUCUGAACUUAGGUAAGACAGAUCUGAGACCUAAACUUCAAACACUCAAGAAUCAGCUUGCAAUGUAAGAUCCAGAAUCUCCUCUUCCCAAGUCCCAAGUCAAAUGUGAGGGUUUCUUUUUGUUUUGCUUUGUCUUUUUUUUAUAAAUUGGCAGAAAAGGAAAAAAGAAAGUAAUAAUUUUGGCCUUCAACAUUUGCUGAUUACAACUUUGAAGGGAAUGUAUGGAAGUAAAGAGAGAGAGGGUAAAGAGAGAAGGACAGAUUUUUAUUUUUUUUAAGGGGUUAGGAGGAGGGCAGAGUGUGGACUCUAGAUGGGUAUCUACUGUCAGUUUUAUUUUUCACUCUUACUCUGUCUCACACGUUUUAUAUUUUAUCCAGAGAAACUUUUUUUGUUGAUGAGUUCAGAAUGUGUUUUUAAAGUGGGGUAGAGAGAGCAGGGGAGGAAAAGAGGUGGAAAGAAGAGUAUGGGGUCUCCAUACAGGUAUCUGCUGUUAUUUUUUUCAGCCUCCCCUUCUCUCUUCUUUCAUUCUCACACACUUUUCUUUUGCAUGGACACGUGUUAUUUGUAAAUGUAAAGAUGCCAGUUUUCAACAGGGCUGAGUUUUAUCUUUCCAGUUUGACAGCCAAAUUUGAAGAGGCGCGGUACAAUAUUCUAAUAAUUGGAGAUA